AUGACACUCGGUUUCAGCCAGUGUGGUCCGGCAUCAUUGAAGGCCAUUAAAGAAGGCAGGUGCGAGCUCCUGUAUGAUACACCCUUUGUAUUUGCGGAAGUAAAUGCCGACAAAGUAGUGUGGGCUCGAGGGGAAGGAGGAAAAUGGUCCAUUGUCAGUCUUGACCCGUCAGCAAUAGGUAAAAAGAUCAGCACCAAAGUUCCAGAUGGACUUCCGGUGAGAGGCGGAGGAGCAAGAAUCCGCGAGGACAUUACAGACGAAUACAAAUUCCCUGAUGCUUCCUUACGAGAGAGACUGGCUGUGAAGAAAGCAAGUCGUGCUCGAGAUGCUGGAGCUCCAUACAUCAACGAAAAGAGCGAAGACGUGCGCUUCCACGGUUUUGUGGACAGGAACUACGUCACUCUGGGCCAGGAUUUCGUCGUGAGUUUCUCCUUCACCAACACUGGGGCCGCGACAAGGACCAUCAGCGCCAGGAUGCUGUGUGAGACCGUGCAGUACACUGGGGUGCGGGACCGAAUCGUGAAACAGCAAUCCUACCAGCUCCCGGUGUCCCCCAGAUCAAACGGUGAAAUGUCUAUGGAGGUUCCAGCAUCCGAUUACUUGCACAAAGUCAACGAAAACGCGACCUUUAAAGUCUCUGUGGUAGCAGAGGUAUUAGAGACUGGCCAGUUGGUCACAUGGGAUGAUGAAUUUCGACUUCUCAAACCGGAAAUGGAAAUUGAGGUUCUCUCAUCUUCCGUGGAGGUAAACAAGCCAUUCCAAUGUCGCCUGAGGUUCCAGAAUCCAUUGAAUACUAUACUGAGGAACUGCUCUAUAAGUGUAGAUGGACCGGGUAUUGACGGAGAGUUCGACCAAAGGAUCAGUGAUGUGGCACCCAAAACUGAAUGGGUAGCGGAAAUGACGAUGACCCCCAAAACAGCUGGCCGGAAGCAGAUCACAGUGACCUUUAAUAGUGACGUCAUAGACAACGUCAGUGGAUCAGCUGAUGUCAUGGUGUCGACAUCUUCACAGAAGCAUGGGCACUUGUUCCAUUGUUUUUAGACAGAAUAUGAUGUUAACCAUUUAUUCUUUUACUCACCACUUUACAUAUCACUUGGGUUUCUUGUACAUGAUAUUUAGAUAAACAAAUACAAAAGCAACUAUAACACUAAACUUUUUAUUGACAAUUUGUCCAUAUCAAUAACCUAAUUUAAAGCGAUGAUACAGAAAAAGAACCGAAAUAAAUAUUUGUCGUUUUACCAUUAUAGAAGAAAUUGAAAGCAAUGAUAACAAAGGGAAAUUUGUAUAUAUUUGUGUAUUUGUAUGUUAUUAUUAUGCAUUAUCAUAUUAUAUUUAUCUUAUCAAAGAUGCGUUUUACAUGAUUAAAAUAACUCCAAACCA